AUCUAACAGGUGUUUAUUGACUUCAAGGAUUUCAAAGAACUGAAGAUAAAGCGAUGAUGAUGUCAUAAACCUCCAGCGUAAACACAGGACUUUCCAGCACGGCGGGCUGUCCCUGUUGUGCAGUCACACUUUCAUUCCUUUACAGAACUGGUGAAUAACGCAGCACAGCACACGUUUACAGUAAGGAUUACAAAAUAAUCUUACUCAAACAGAUCAAAUGAGAACUACUAGAAGACCCCAGAAAAACAUAAAAAAGGAAGAACCACAAAGAGAGACGGUCAUAAAGUGGUGCCCAGGAGCAACAACAACAAUGGGAGCUGAUAAAACAAUAACAGCCAAUCAUUGUUCGGUAGGAAAUUCACAGGUGAAAAAUCCGACUACUGUCCUCAGCCAGGAUGGAAAUAGUUUAAUGGUGCCUUCUCUUCUGAUUCAAACACAAUCAGUAACGCACAACCCUGUCAAAACACAUGCGUCUCAGAAUGAGGGACAAAAUCCAGAUCCAGCAGAAACAUGCCCUGUUUGUUUGUCUGCGCUGAAUCCUGCACGCAUAAACGGCCAAUCUACUGAUGAACUGCUUCAAUGUCUACGAUGCUCCAUCCUGUGUGGCUCUUGUCUUUACCCCUGCACUUCUGCUGUCUGCACCAACCAGCUGUGCGCGCUGGUCUCCACACUGCUGACCUGUGAUGUGGUGACAGAUCCAAAGAGUAAAGUGCUUGGUUGUCCAAUGUUCAGAGCCUGUCCCAAGUGUUACAGUCUGAUUAUGCAUGAAGGCCAUGGAUGCAAGCAAGUAAGAUGCAGAUCAUGCAAUCACCGGUUCUGUUUUAUCUGUUUACAAGGUGACUGUAGCAAAGACUCAGCACAUUACUGGACACUAACUUGUGCAAAGCAGAGAGCAGAAAGACAGAGAUUUAUAUCAACAGAAUCUUGACUUAAGAUUUAUAACUGGAAUGGACUUAAAAAUGACAAAACCCAAGAACUGACAGUUGAGCUGCUGUCCAGAAAUUAAAUUCUGAAAUUCUGGUUAGCAGGUCUGAAGAAGCGACACUACAGACUUCUAAUAUAAUGUUAUUAGCGAAGCUUUCAAUACGUUUUCUUUUACUAAGACCCGGUCACUGUUUUUCUACCUAAAAUGACAGCAAUAUUGUCGUGUAGCAAUAUAGAAGUUUGCAUGCUUCUAAUCAUCAAGUAAUGAAGCAUCCGAUGUGUGUAGCACUGAGAAGGUCCAAUUAUCUGUGUUUGAUUUAUUAAUCACUAUAGUUUUUCAUUUUAAAAGUAAAACUGCCAUAUGUUCAUUAUUAUAUUACUUAUUAUUUUACUUGAUCUUGUAGUGCGCUUUAUUGAUUAACAUUAUUGUGGUGUGGUAUUAAGGGAUGUGUCUUCAUGAGUUACAGAUAAAGGAUGUCUCCAUUUCAAGGUUUUCGUGUCACAGGGCAAUGUUGUGAAGCAGUAGUUUUCCACUGCCUGUGCUUUGGUUUAACAACACAUAUGCUGGAUUUGUGCUGACCAGACAGAGGAGGAGUAAAGUUCAAUCAUAGUCUGGGUAUUGAAAAACUUAGAGUGUGUUCACACAUAGUUUGGAAUUUGGAUAAAUGUAAAACUAUACAUUUAGUCCUGGUUUGGUUAGCCCUCGUUUCAAAGACACGGAAACAGCUUUUAUGACAUACAGUCAUAAGGUAUACUUAAGCUUUCUGUUUUUGUUAUGGUCAUAUCUUGUGAUAGCAUGUCCUGGUUUUGGUUUCUGUUUUUUUUUCAUUAGUCAGUCAUAUGGAGUCAAUCUAGGGCCAUAUAUACUUGAAAAAUAAAAAG